GGCGAGAGGCGUGUGCUGCGCGUGCCCAAAGGGAAUGAGCGAAAGAGCGCGCGGGGAGGGGGGGGGGCGGACAGCGACGCGCCUGCGCGGAAAGGAGACUUCUGCCCACCAACGGCGCCUGAUCUUCCGGUGUGUCCCCGGCAGGCCGCCGUCAUCGGCGCCUGCGCGGCGGGCAUUAAAAGGGGACGGGGGGCGGGGCGCGGAGCCUUCCUUCCUUCUUUCCUGCCUGCCUUCUUUCGGUUGAUGGCGGAUCCCGAAGAGAAAGGAGGAGCAGAAGGCCAAGCAGAAGCAGAGCAGCGCUCCAGGGCAGGCUCCGGAGGACCCCGCAGGUCGCGCGCCCGCGCAGGGGGCCUCUCUAGACCACAGCCCAGGCCAAAGAGUGAUGGAUAACAACACUGUGAAUGGAGGCGACCCUAUGCAUGACCUCAUGAGGUUCCCCCAUCGCUACACAAAGGAAGAGCUGCUGGACAUCAAGGAGCGCCCCUUCUCGAAACGGAGGCCUUCCUGCCUCUUGGAAAAAUACGACAGCGAUGGCGUUUGGGACCCGGAGAAAUGGCACGCUUCCUUAUACCCGAAUUCAGGGCGGACCUCACCGGUCGAAGAAAGGCCCAAGAAGGACCCGGAAACUUCUCUUAUGCGCAGGAUCGUUGACCCCCGGGAACGGGUCAAGGAGGAGGACCUGGAGGUGGUGCUGAGCCCUCAGAGGCGGAGCUUCGGGGGCGGCUGCCAUGUCACAACCCCAGCUUCCACAGCGGCAACCUCAGCGACCCUGACCUCAGGGUCACGCCGCUCUGGGAGCCCGCUGGAAAAUGGGCGGCGGAUUGGAAGCGGGCGCCUGCUCUCCUCCACUGCUGCCACCGUCAACUCUAGAGCUGCCGCUGCUGCCUUCGAGGGCAAGGAGCCCCCCCACAAGGAGAAGCGCUUCCGGAGGGACUAUGGAGAGGGGAAACGAAGCUAUGGGGAGCGGCGGCGCCACGACUCCUACACGGAAGAAGAGCCAGAGUGGUUCUCGGCGGGCCCCACCAGCCAGUCAGAGACCAUCGAAUUGAUUGGCUUUGAUGAUAAGAUCCUGGAGGAGGAACAGAAAGGCCGGAAGCGCUCCCGGAGGAGGAACGCCUCCCUCAAAGAAGGCAUCGAAUGCAAUGGGGGUUUGGCUGAAGAGGAAGUGGGCCGCAGACAGGAAGUGGCGGUGUCCGAACAGGAAGUCCCGCCCACCCGGGAGGAGUUUGACUUCAAUGAGUUCUUCAACCUGGAUAAGAGUGUCCCUGGUUUGGCCUCCAUGAUUGAGGACGUCUUGGGCGAGGGGUCGGUGUCAUCUGUAUCUUCCAGUCGCUUCAGCCGCUGGUUCUCCUCCAACCCCAGCCGCUCUGGGAGCCGGUCUAGCAGCCUGCGCUCCACCCCGCAUGAGGAGCUCGAACGCCUGGCCGGCCUAUCGCCACCGGGGUCAGUGGGCGGGGCGUUCUUUGCCCCCAUUCCGGUGGAGGGCCUGGAAGCGGGCCCAGGACACGGAGGGGGGCGUGGCUUGGGCCCGGGUGGCGGGGCCUCCUCCUGCCCAGAGGGCCAAGAGGUGGACAUCCUGGAGAUGCUGCACAAAGCCAAGGUUGACCUCCGACCCCUGCUCUCCAGCCUCUCCGCCAAUAAAGAGAAGCUCCGCCAGAGCACGCAUUCUGGGGUGGUUCUGUCCGUGGAGGAAGUGGAGGCCGGGCUCAAAGGUCUGAAGAUGGAGCCGGAAGCCAAAGCACCCCAGAAUCCCUUGGGCUCGAGGCGUUUCAAAGAUGGUGCCGGCGGAGGAGGCGGAGACAUGUCUGCCUUCAACAAGCUGGUCAGCUCCAUGAAGGCCAGCGGGACCCUGCCUUCCCAGUCUUCCAAAAGCAACCAAAACCUUGACAGCCAAUUGAUCUCCUCUCCAGAAACAGCCAAGAACAUCCUGCAGGAGAUCCUUGGGGGGCCUGGAAACCGCCCUCCUGCUCCUGUCCCUGCCCCUCCCACUCCCUCCUCGACAGUCCUGAGCGCCUUGAUGGGGGGCCUGGAAACCACCACCACCUCCUCGCCUACCCCUCCCCCGCCCCGGGCUUCGUCCGCAGACUACUUGAGGCAUCGCAUCCCUUCCCCAGUCGGCUUUGGGCCGAGUGUACAAGCGCCAUUGCUAGGCGACCCCUUCCAAGGGAUGAGGAAGAGCAUCAGCCCCGCUGCAGCACAGCUGGACCUCCCACCGGGAGCAGUGGAGGGCUUCCCCUUCCUGCCAGACCUGGCAGCAGCCAUGACACUCUCGGGUGUUUACCAGCCAGGUUUGGGCUUGGGCCCGGCCGCAGUGGAGAAGGGACGCGACAUGGGCUUCAGGAACAGGCAGCCCGGUCGUAUGGCCAAGCCUCCCGCUGCCUUGGGCCACCUGCCCAGCCCGGCCUCCCCGCCAGCCUCUGUCACCAGCAUGCUCUCCCCUUCUUUCACGCCCACCUCUGUGAUCCGCAAGAUGUACGAAAGCAAAGACAAAGGCAAGGAGGAGAAUGGGAAGAGCAAGGGGCACCAAGGCGACCACGGAGGCGACGACAACGAUCAGGCCAUGGAGCUGGAGGCUCCGCCCCCCGGGGUCAAGCUAUCCCGUGGCUCUGCCCCUUCCUGCUGCUCCUCCUCAUCCUCGCUGCGCUGUUGCCCCAAAGAGGCGAAGGUGCUAUGUGAGAGGAAGCUCCCACCGGCGGUGUCCCCAGUGCCGGCCCACUUCCUGCGGCAGGCCCCGCCCCCAGCCCCGCCUCCCCCGCUGCCCCCCGGGCUGGUCCAGAGGAUGCUUGCCCAAGGCCUCCCCCCGCACCACCUGCCCCCCUUGCUCCAAGCCGGGCUGCUGCCACCGGGCGUGGACCUGGCCCUUCUGGGGCAGCCCUGUUACCCGCUCCUCAGCCCACGCCCAGCAGGGCCCCUCCAGCUGGCCAUCAUGCAGCACCAGCACCAGCUGCAGCGGUCAGGCUCGGGAGGCCCCCCCUCAGCCAUGCGCCCUGCCCCACCUCUCCCUCGUGGCAGCGGAGGCGUAAUGGGCGUGUCCUCACUGGGAGGCCCAGGGGGCGUGUCCUCCACCUCCUCGUCCUCCUCUGCCCUGUCACGGUGGUUUGGCUCCGAGGUGCUGCAGCAGCCCCUCCCCUCCAUGCCCUCCUCCAAGGUCAUCAGUGUCGACGAACUUGAGUUCCGGCCUUGACCCCCCAACGACUCCUGACCUUCGACCCCAGGAAACAAAAUGGCUGCCGAUGGACCUCUGCUCGGCUAUCUUGACCUCUGUGCUUCUUACUUUCAGAAAAUAGAUAUUUUCGGGGGCAGAAUUCCCGUCUUCCUUGGUUUUUAGAAGGAAAAUCGUUUUUUGUCGCAAAACAGAACAAAUGACAUUGGAUUUAAUUUGCAUCAAUGGCGGCUUUGUUUUUUCUCUUGGGGUUUUCUUUAGGUUUUUUCCAUGUUUUUCCACAUUAUUUUUCUUUUUUGUCUCGUUUUUCAGAUUUCUUUUUUGUCUUUUUAUUUUGUCACAUAUUUCUAAACACUUCUUCAAUUCUUUUUGCCUCGUUAUUUUUCCUCCUUUCUCCUCCCAUUUAUUUUCAUUUCCCCCUCAUUAAAAAGGUUCUCCGUUUUUUGUUUUUCUUUUUUCCCUCCAUUUCCUCAACAUUUUCUCAGUUCUCCACUCAAUUUUAAAACUUUCUUUUUUACUUUUAAAAAUCCAUUUUCUGAACAUUUUCACCCCAUUUUCUCCCCAUUUCUCAAUUUCUUUUCCAGUUUACCCAAUUUUCUCCCUAUUUUUACCAUCUUUUUUCUCUCCCUUUUUCUAAAAUGUUGACUUUUUCGCCCUCAUUUUUAUCUCGAUUUUCUUUUUCUUGCUUAUCUCCCCAUUUGUUCUCAUUUUUAAUCUCAUUUUUCUCCCCAUUUCUCUUGUUUUUUCUCAUUUUCUCCCUUUUUAUCUCCUUUCCUCUCGCUUUUUCUCAAUUUUUCCUUUUCUCAAUUUUCCCAUUUUCAUCAGUACCCUCCCGUUUUUCUCAUUUCCCCCUUCCUCCCCCCUCAAUUUUUCUGCUAUUAUUCUCGUUUUUCUUUUUUCAUUUUUUCUCAUUUUUCUCUCUCAUUUUUAUCAAUAUCCUCUUUUUCUUUUUUUUUCUAUUUUUUUCUCCUUUCCCCCUUGUUUUUCUUCCGAUUUUCUCCUCGUUUUCUCAAUAUUUUUUUCUCGUUUUUAUUUUGAUUUUUCCCCUUUUUUCUCCUUUUCUCUCAAUAUUUUUUCUCCCUUUUCCCUCAAUCUUUUUGCCUUUUUCCUCAUGUUUUCUUGAGUUUUCAUCCCAUUUUUCCUUUCUUUUUCCGCCGGUUUCCCUUUUUCUUUCUUUGUAAAAUGAAUGAAGUCCGAAACAAAGAGCAGCCAUUAAAAUAGGAUGGGGCAAAAAAAGGUUCUUUUCUUUCCUCGUUUCGCCAGAAAUAAUAUGUACAGAGCCUUUGUGUAAAUACAGAACAAUGUAUAAAACAAACAAAAAAAUAAUGGUUUUUGUUUUUCUUUUGUUUUGGUUGGGAUUUAUUGUUUAUUAUUAUUAUUUGUAUAUAUCUAUUUCUCGGUUGUUUUCCUCUUGCUUAAUUUCUUUCUCCAUUUAUCAAGCUGUACAUAAAGAUAGAUAGCAAAA